AUGCCUCUUCUCGACGUCAAGGCUGAAUCGCCAACGCCCAAGAGCGACGAGUCCACCCCAGCACCCUUGCCCGAUGUCAAACCCAAACCCACCGGGCCCCAGCUCAUCGGUCAUCUGCCUCGUGCAGAGGAGGAUGCCAUGCGUACUUUUACUGAAAUACAUGAGAAUCACUACCAGUAUGGUACUCUGGGGCGUUCGAGAGAAGCCUUGGAGAGUAUGACAUGCGACUGUCAGUUUGAACCUGGCGUAGAUAGACCCUCUGAUGCGUGCGGGCACGGCUCGGACUGCAUCAAUAGGCUCACACAAGUCGAAUGUCUGCCUGACGACUGUCGAUGUCGCUCUUUCUGCCAGAAUCAACGGUUUCAACGUCGAGAAUAUGCCAAUAUCAAUAUCGUGCAGACGGAGAAAAAAGGGUAUGGUCUUCGAGCUGCUGCUGAUUUGCACAGGGACGCCUUUAUCUAUGAAUACGUCGGCGAUGUCGUCAGCCAUCCUUCAUUCGUGAAGCGCAUGCGCGAAUACGGCGAGCAGGGAAUUCGGCACUUUUACUUCAUGAUGUUGCAAAAAGAUGAGUUCAUCGACGCAACGAAAAGGGGGGGAAUGGGUCGAUUUGCGAAUCAUAGCUGUAAUCCAAACUGCUACGUCGCUAAAUGGACGAUUGGGAACCAUGUGCGCAUGGGCAUCUUUGCGAAUCGGAAUAUUGUGAAGGAUGAAGAACUCACGUUUAACUAUAAUGUCGAUCGAUAUGGGCACGAAGCACAACCUUGUUAUUGCGGGGAAGCGAAGUGUGUGGGGUUUAUUGGUGGGAAGACUCAGACUGAUAUUGCUGCGAUGGAUGAUCUCUAUCUUGAUGCCCUUGGCAUAACGGAUGAGGUCGAGAAGCUCGGACUAAAGGGUAGUAAGAAGAAGAAGGGCAAGAAACUCGAUGAGGACUAUAUGCCCAUACUCAAGCCUCUCUUGGAGAAAGACAUACCCAAAGUCAUCCAAGCUGUUCGGCAGACUCAGAGUAGGAAGGUCCUGUUCAAGCUCCUGACGCGCAUAAAGAUAACGGAAGAUCAGGCUGCGUUACGACAGAUAAUGCGUUUGCGUGGGUUCAGUCUUAUGACCAACAUUUUGGAAGAUUACACCCGCGAUGUGGAGAUAACUACUGUCGCAUUGGAAAGCAUGGAGAAAUGGCCUUUGAUUCAGCGAAAUAAAGUCGAUGACUCGAAGAUCAAAGUGCCUGUGCAGCUAUGUUCCGAAUCAGACAACGAGGCCGUCAAGGCCCUCGCUCAGAAACUAUUGGAUCAUUGGGAGACACUCGAGUAUGCAUACAGGAUACCGAAGAGACUCAAAGCUAACGGCGAAGAAGAAGUAUCAGAAGACCAUUCUGUUAUUGUUAUCGAGAACGAAGAGGACAGCUCGCGGCCUUCCAAGAAGACGAGAUGGGACGAUUUCGAGGAACAGCCCAAGUUGGCACUCAAGCCGCUGGGGUUCCGGGGCGCAUCGAAACCAGUGUCUUCAUUGGGUGAGGCACAUGCACACUUGAUGCAUUUUAGCACGAUGCCGCGCAAGCCAUCCGCUCCAGGCCGUCAGGAAAUAGCGGCCAUCAUCGCUGCAGCCACUGCCGCAGCGGCGGCGGCAGCAGUGGUCCCCCCACCUCCUCCUGUCGUGGAGGAGAGUAGUACUACGCGCAAGAAAUCGUCGUCGUUUAGGUCGCAUAAAAAACAGCAGAGCAAGGAGGAGAAGGAGGCUAAUAAGGAGAAGCGUCUUGUUAAACUUGUGGGCGCUAUUGUGGUGAAAUGUAUGUCUAAGCAUUCGAAGAAGAUGGACCAUGAACAGUUUAAGAAGCAUGCGAAAGAACUAACUCAUAUCAUUGCCGAGAAAGAAAAGAAGUCGUCGAGCUACAAGGACGGAAAGCUCGAUGCGCUGUCAGAUGAGAAAGUUACCAAAAUCAAGAAAUUCUCCAAAGAAUAUAUUGCCAAAGUUCUGCGGAAACUAGAAAAGACAAAACGCAAGCCGUCUUCGUCGUCUGGCACUCACGACAAACGCAGGGAUUCUUCGAUGACACUGCGGUCUCCGCAGCCAGAUGGCGAUGAUGGCGAUGGAGAUAUGGCGAUGACAGUCGAACAGGCGAUGGAUAUGGAUGGAGAUUCGGCAAGUGAGGAUGGCGAUGCGAAUAUGGACGGUGAUGACGACGAUGAUGGGGACCGUACGCGGGUGGAGGGGCUGGGGGAGCAUGAACUACCUCCAGAAUCGGCCACGCCCUCCGAUACGCCUCAUGUAGCUGACCCCCGCCUUCGACAUCGCGAUGAAGAAUCAGGAUGGGAUCCACACGAUGGGACAGUCAAUGGUACUUUGGCGUGAAUAUUUAUUAUCAUUCCCGAAUGCUUUGUAUCUAUACAUAUUAUUCGGUCAGGAAGUGAUGUAGUAGUGUGUUUUCCUGUUAGAGGUUCAGUAUGUGGAGGAUAGGUGAUGUUGCGAUUGGUGUGUGAAGAGGGUGCUAUGAACAUGGUAAUAUGGCAGUACUGUACAUUGAUGGAAACAACAUGAUAUUGGAUAUAUAUAUAGUGGCAGGCUUCUAGCAUAUGUGUGCGAAUUUUGCGUGCGAUAGAUGUUAAGAUAAAAAGUCGAUGGGAUCUGGGUCACUGUCAUAGUCGUGUUGCCGAAGAACGCUGCUAGCUUUGAUACGUUGUAGAACGUCUUUUGGAGGACCUUUACGAAUUGCCUUUGGCUUGGAGAC